GCGCCAACGUGGCCGGGCACUUGUCUCGUCUUUUUUAUAGACUUUCUUGUUUCUUUGGGGGCUUCUUUGCCUCAUGGCCCCCACAUGUAGCCUUGUAGAAACAUAGUUUGAGCCUGCUGACCGCCGGAUCUGCACUAACCCAGUCCUGGUGUAUGCCUCUCGCUCUCAGCCUGGUCUAGGUUGUUCGUUCUGCCAUAACUCGAUCCGCUUGAACAGCAGCCGAGUGCUCGACUACGUCCCGUUCGACUACUUGUCUCCUUGCUAAUGAGCGUCUCGAAGAUUCCGCCCGUCUCCACGUCUCAAGUCGACUUGAGUGCGCAAGACCUACCCCUCGCCACUUGCAGGCGACGGAAAACGACCCUCAGCCUGUUACAAAUUCACCGGCGGUGGUCGAGGCAGUGAAAAUAUGGCCUCGCUUGAAGAGCUAGGGCCAGACACUCCACGGGCAGUGCUCGAAGAUGAACUGCAAUUCACAAGGCUGCUGGUUGAGACAAUGGACCCAGAAUCUUACGACUACGACGACUUGAUGGAACAACACAUGAAAAAGAUCGCGCACAUUGAGUCUCUCCUUGGAGUACAGGAAGAUCAGAAUUCAGGUUUCCAUUCAUCAGCGGCUUCGCAACAGUUCUUUCCGAGUAUGCCCCCCCCGUCAACCUGGACUGGCGAUAUGGAGGAAGCACUUUGGCCUGUCACUAGCUCUGCUGCGAUGAUUGACAAUACCGCGACACAUGCACGUACCGAGAGGCCAACAACGCCGCAACAACAACAACAAAUACCCCAGUGGCCCAAAAACGGCAUGAGCACGUACACAGUAGACACCAAUUCGCGAAAGCGACCGCUUGACGUGCUCUCGUCCUCUCCAACCUUAUUCUCUGCGCCCAAACGAGCUACUCCAAGCCCAGGAGAGUCCACUCCGCAGACCCCAGGCUCGGACAUCUUACCAGACCCUUCAACUUCUGACCUCGGGCCUGGUCCAAGUAGACACAUGGCCCCGUUCGCUUCUCGUUCGGUCAGUAAUUCUUUCCUCGAGCGUCAGAGGCAGGCUGCUGCGGAAGUAGAACGGAAGCAGCGUCAGCUUCUUCGCGACACUCAGAUCGCGAACUCUUACAAUUUAGGUCUGCCUGUGCAACGCCCGCCAAUGAGCCAAUCUUCUUCGCAGACCGUGCUGAACAAAGACGGCACGUUCCGACGUGUAUCUUCACAGAAUGGCAACAAGUUGCUCAAACAAGGUCCAGAGAGGCUACCGGGGGAUUCGACUUCAUAUUCGAUUAAGCAGAAAAGCUUUGGUUCGUCGAAAGAUAUGGCAUUACCCACUCCUUCUACAUCAAAAGACAACAUGCGCCAGGCGUCUAUACAGGUCGACAGCGAUUCAGAACUCGAGGAAAUUGGAGAGGAGCAAUUUCUGGCUUCGGCUCGGCGACGAGGACUAAGUCGAUCAACGAUGCACCGGCAAGAGUCAGGCCCAGUUCAAACUGUAAGAUUCGGUACGCAAGACCAGAAUUCGUUUCGAGGAGCCAGUGGCUAUACCAGUUCAUAUUCGUCGUCUGAUUCUCCGUUCUCGAAUCCUGUCCUGGCCUCUGUACGGUCGCAGUCCGCCUCGCAACCGCAAAACCGACAUGGGUUCAUGGCCAGGGAUCCACGAUCUGUUGGCGUUCGACAGGCUAUAGCUAAUAUUGCGAGCAUGCCUGGCGCUUUCCCGGGUGGUUUGGACCUUUCUGAUGACAGCGUUUUUGGUGGCGUAAACACCUAUGGACAUUCUUCGAGCCUACAGCAGCCUCGCUUGUUUGGGUCACAGUACAAUCCUGACAUGUCUCGGUCGUUGAUUCAUCGGGACGUUGUUGAUCUCUCCAAUUACGACGAUGAUUACGGCACUGACCAGUACGGCUUUCUCCACAACGAUCCUACACGGAGUGCGGAAGAGAUCAAGGAACUGAUCGAGCAAAUCGCUACAGGCGCCGACCUCCCGCCCGAAGCACGCGAAGGUACUCCUGAUGCAAUGAAGUUUCCAUUGAUGGAGCAUCAAAAGAUUGGCCUUACUUGGAUGAAAGAAAAGGAAGCAACGACCGCGAAGGGCGGUAUUCUGGCUGACGACAUGGGCCUUGGAAAAACCAUACAAGCUAUCGCCUUGAUCGUUUCACGCCCUUCCGAGGAUCGAGCCCAAAAAACAACGUUGGUCGUCGCCCCAGUGGCACUUCUUCGCCAGUGGGAGCUUGAGAUCAAGGAAAAGAUAAAGCCCGUCAAGGCUCUUUCUGUCUUCAUACAUCACAGUCAACGGAAGAAAACUUUCAGUCAGUUGAAGCAGUACGAUGUCGUCCUCACAACGUAUGGCAGCUUGACUUCCGAGCUUAAGAAGAAGAUACACUGGGAUGAAGUGCUGAAGCAUGAGCCAAAUGCUAGGCCGUCCAAGAAAGAGCAGAUGUCUUUGCUUGGAGAUGACUGUCUUUGGUACCGCGUGAUUCUUGAUGAGGCUCAGAACAUCAAGAACAGGAACACUGGAGCAGCAAAGGCUGCAUUCGAACUCCGAUCGACAUAUCGCUGGUGCAUGACGGGAACGCCGAUGAUGAACAAUGUGGGUGAACUCUGGCCCCUGAUUCGAUUUUGCCGUUUACGACCUUACAACGAUAUCAACCGCUUCCGUUCAGACAUCAGUAACCCUUUAAGUUCGCGCAACGAGCUCGAACGUCAAGAUGCUAUGCGUAAGCUUCAAGCUCUGAUUCGCGGGAUCAUGCUCCGCCGGACGAAGAGCACAAAGCUCGAUGGCAAGCCCAUCAUCACGUUGAAACCGCGCACCAACGAGGUGAUUACGAAAGAGUUUGACAAAGAUCAGAUGGAUUUCUACACUGCUAUUGAAAAAAGAUCGGCCAACAUCUUUAACAAGUACCUCAAAGCAGGAGCAGUAAUGCGCAACUACAGUCACAUACUAUCAUUACUGCUCAGGUUGCGACAGAUUUGCGACCACCCUGUCCUCGCCACGGAGGUCGUUGGUGAUUCGGCAGUCGAGACUUCCAAGACCGAUAUGCUUGCUUUGGCCGAGAAGCUAUCCCCGAGCGUUGUCCGCCGCUUGAAAGAACAAGACGGGAACUUUACCUGCCCAAUCUGCAUUGAUGCUAUUCCCGAUCCUGGUCCCAUAAUUUUCUUCCCAUGCGGCCACUAUCUCGACAGCGAUUGCCUCUCCUCGCUCGCAAUGAACGCGACGUCUCAAAUGGAGCCGGAUCUCAAGUGUCCGGAGUGUCGCGAGAGAUUCGACCAGAAGCGAGUGAUCGACUACCUCUCUUUCAAGAAAGUUCAUCUUCCCGAACAAUGUCCGCAGGAUCAGCAGGCUACUCAUGAUGACGAGGAUGAUUCAGAAGAUGAAGACGUGUCGGAUUCGGACUCGGACACCGAUGACGACUCCAGCGAUAGUCUGAAGGAUUUCGUUGUGAAUGAUGAUGAUGAUAGCGACGAUGAGGAGGAAAAAGAGGAACAGCCAGAUUCCGACGGCUUUGUUCUGGUCAAAAGUGACAAAAAUAAAGAUGACGAGGAGGAGGCUGAUUCGAGUGGCGAGCGCAAAUCCAAGGCCAAAACUAGCAAGAAAGGACGCAAAAAGACGGUCAAGAGCAAGGGGAAAGAAAAGAAAGUCAAGAAGACCCUGGCUCAGCUUCGUAACGAAGGCCGUCGUAACAAGAAAACCUGGGCGAAGUAUAUCCGUCGUCUCAAGAAGACCUGGGAAUCAAGUGCAAAAAUUGACAAGACACUUGAAUUGUUGGAUCGACUGCACGAAACGAAGCCGAAGGAGAAGAUUCUCAUCUUUAGCCAGUUUACAUCCUUUCUUGAUUUCCUUGAAGUACCUCUCAAGGACCGCGGUAUUGAAUAUCGGCGCUACGAUGGCAGUAUGAGCACGAAGGAUCGCGAUGAUGCCGUGAUGGACUUUAGGACAAGACCUCAUAUCAGGGUCAUGCUCAUCUCGCUCAAAGCAGGUAAUGCCGGUCUCAACCUCAAUUGCGCUUCGCAAGUCAUCAUUCUUGACCCGUUCUGGAAUCCCUUCAUCGAGGAACAGGCAGUCGACCGCGCUCAUCGUAUCGGUCAGCAGAACGAGGUCAAUGUAUAUCGCAUCGUCAUUCCAAAUACUGUUGAAGACCGCAUCUUGCAAUUGCAGGACCAGAAACGUGAGCUCAUCAGCACUGCAUUGGAUGAAAAUGCGGGCAAGAGUCUAGCGAGACUCGGCGUCAGAGAGCUCGGAUUCCUCUUUGGGAUCUCUUCAGAUGCCACUGGUAGAUAGAAGAAGAUAUGACCUUGGGAUCGGGCAACGAGCUGGAAUGCUCAAAAGGCGACGCCUCGAAUUUUUUUUCUUCGCGGUUUUAUCGGAUGGGCACUGUCUGCCCUAUUUUGAAUGCUUUUUUAAUAGUGUUCUUCCAAUGUUCGUCCAGAUUCUAGACUACGAACUACAUGCGGGAGAAGGAUUGUUCAGGCUUGGAUCGGGAUGCCGGCGUUGCGGAUCAGUCAUGAUGAUUAUACCCUCGAAACGACUGGGUGGUGGUGCAUGUGGUUGAUUUCCUUGUCCGCAAGAAAAAAAAAAAUUAGAUUCACAAGGCGUUAAACACAGUGUAGAUUGCGAGAAGAGUAUAGCCGACAUUCUUGUUCUGCCCUCUUCUUUUCCUUUUUCUGUCCUCGCUUCUGAUGUUAUUGUUACUUAGAAUGAUAGGCACCACAUUUCGGCAGGACUGAAGGUAUAAUGAGAAAGAAAGUAAUGAUUG